AUGCCAGCAAUCACAGAAAAGUGGAACCUCAAGCUGGCGCUCCUCGUCUUCGUCACGGACCUGGUGCUGCAGAUGGCCACCGACGUCGGCUAUCCUUGCAGGAGAGGGCCGGCAAGCGCCGCCGCUCUAUCCGGCCACUUGUCGGACGAGGUCGCCGAGAGGCUCACCGCACACCCGGAGAUCGAGAUCCUGAGCCUCCCUUCAGAGCUGCGCAAAGACGAGGCCGCGCGGCGGGACGCGCUGCGGUCUGCAGACGCGGCGGUGUUGUGCCUGCCCGACGACGCCGCCAUUGCAGCCGUGGAGCUGUGCGGGGAUGCUGACACCGUGAUCGUGGAUGCCAGCACUGCGCAUCGCAUCGCGGAUGGGUGGGUGUAUGGCUUCGCAGAGCUGUCGCCGGGGCAGGCGGAGGCGAUUGCCAGCUCAAAGCGCAUCGCCAACCCAGGCUGCUACCCCACAGCCCUGUCAUUUCUAUAG